CGCAGCGCGAGGCCAGUCCGAGAACGCGAUCCUAACACUAACAUCCGGUGUAUUCCGAGAGAGAGAGAGAGAGAGAGAGAGAGAGAGAGAGAGAGAGAAGACGAGAGUCGGAAACGGAAACGACUGACUGCUUGAUCGUCGCACUGCCAACACAGUAAUCGGCACGCUAACAUGAAGAUCAUCCUGUUGCUCUUCGUCGUCGCGGCCUUCGCCUCAGCUCAGAGGAUCACAACGAUCCAGCUGGAUGGCAUACAGUAUUUUGUGUCACGAAUGAAUCCCUACAGUCCGGAACUGAAUUACUUCCUGGCGUAUCAAUAUUGCCGCUCGCUGGGCCUCCAGUUGGCAUCUUUCGAAACGAAAGAGAAGGCCGACACGAUGACGCAAUAUCUAAAGAACGCCGGUUACACGAAAUACGAUUUUUGGACCUCUGGCAACAAGCUGGGCACCGACAUGUUUUUGUGGAUGAGUACAGGACUGCCGUUCAACGUCACUUUCGACUACAUGCUGAAGCGACCUGGUAACAGACCUGCCGACGUACCACCCGGCACCGAACCUCAAAGGGUGGCGCGUGAAAGUGGCGACAGCGGCAGCGCGGACGGAUGCGUCGCGAUGGUAGCACCUACGUUAGCCUGGGAGGCGCAGGAUUGCACUCUCGUGAAGGACUUUAUCUGCGAGCAAACAAGAUGCUACUACUACAACUACGGCAGCAUUCCAGUCUCCGCGACUCAGGGAAAUCACAGGCCCUAUAUCACGACCACCUCGGCGCCAGCCAACGACGACCAAGCGAGUGAUCAUGGAACCGACAUCGACGGCACCAACAUCGACGAUCACCAUCCGGGUACCAACGCUCAAAACGAACCAGAGGCGACACCACCGGAAGCGGAUACAUCCGCGGAUGAGAAACUAUCGGAGGAUCCGGUCGUCAGCAGGCUAAUCACCACGGCUGCUCCCGCAUCUGGCAAUCAGUAUCAACACACGGGAACGACGGCAGCGGCGACGUCGCUGUUCGACGACGAGGGCGAACGCACGGCCGUCGGCGGCCUGGACGAUAUGAGACCGGAGCACAUCCCGGACAUCGCGAGCCUGUUCACCGGGCACGUCGGUGCCGUGACGUCACAAGCGCGCAAGGACAGCGUCUUCGACGGUCUCGAGACUCGCGAGGUCCUGCGACCGUCGGUCUCCCGUCCCGUCGUCUCCUCCUCCUUUUCGUCGGAGAUGAAGAUGGAGCACCGCGAGUCCCCCGACUACGGCGAUCUGGUCGCGGAGACCGAGUUACCGAACAACGGCCUCGAGGACGCCCAUACGAUUGGACCGUACGACAGCGUGCAGGAUUACGUGAACGAUCAGCCGGUAGACACGGCGGCGUUGUCGGCGGACUCGGCGAUGAUGAAGGACCAGGACGACGACAGCAGUACGAUCCUGCCAGAUGCGGAACCGGCCUAUAGGUACAACAUCAAAGUGCGCACCAACGGCAAAGUAUUAGACCCUCCGUCCAAGUAACGCUUUACUUCCUCCUAGGCAACGUCAGCGUUAGUUCGUUUUUAUAAGUGGCAGAAACAAAUCGACAUUUUUGAGGAAUUAGGU